UCAUCCAGCACGCUUGACUAUCCCCGAUUAGAAAUGCGGCUGAAGUGUGGCUGCUCUGUGGCGUUGAUUUUACGCACCUCCCAUCCUCUCAUCUCGUCUCGUCUCAUGAGCGAUGUGGACACGCUUGAGAUUACACUUUUCUUACCCCCAGACAAUUGCGCACUCUGCAUCCUCCGGAAUCCCUCGGGAUCACGCCCAUGAAGCUCUACACAUAAUCGCGGGCCCAAAGAAGAGGAGGAAACAUCUCUGAGCUUGUCCCUGGAAACUCGACGGCCAUACACCUACCACGAUUCAUGAUACAAGAGGAGGAACCAAGGGGCGCGCAAAUCAACAGGAGACUCUGGACGCGAUUAAAACACCAUGGAAGGUGACGAUCCCAUAGAGCCGCAGCUAGACGGCUUCAGUCGCAUCCUGCCCCUCCCCUACCGCGUCGCCCUCAUCAUAGUAAUGGGAAUAUGGGCAUGGGGCCUUAAUCUCCAAUACCUCUCUCUGAUCCGCAUCGACGUCCCCAGCCUGAUCCGCUAUCCCGCCCGCAACUCCCCUCAUCACCCCCCACACUACCUCUCUUGCUAUCGCGUCGCGACCGCCCUCUCCAUCCCCCUCGCCGCCUCCCUCCUCCUCUUCUGGACCGUGACAGCCGGUUCCCCCACCGCCAUAAUAUCCUGGUCUAUUUUACCAAACCUCUACCUCCUCGUCCUCGUCGUUGGCUUCAUCGUGCCCCUCCCCUCCGUAUCCCGCGCAGGUCGUCACCGCACGCUCGCAACCCUCAAACGCAUCAGCAUCGGCGGCAUCGCCGAAGCCGCGGAUGGCAAAUUCGGCGAUAUCCUCCUCGCAGACGCACUCACCAGCUAUGCCAAAGUCCUCGGCGAUCUCUUCGUGGUGCUCUGCAUGGCCUUCUCCUCGUCCGCCCCAUCCACCACCGCGCUGCCGAACCGCAACUGCGGAGGCCCCUUCCUAAUCCCCUUCAUCAUCAGCAUCCCCUCGCUGAUCCGGCUCCGACAAUGUCUGACGGAGUACUCGCGCGUGCAAGCCGCGAACCGCAAGGCUGGACACUCUUUGAAUGGGUGGGGAGGCGUGCACCUAGCCAACGCCGCGAAAUACAGCACCGCGUUCCCCGUCAUCCUCCUCUCGGCCCUCCUGCGCUCCCACGACCCAGAGCAAUCCCGCAUUUCGGAAACCGCCCUCUUCCGCCUCUGGCUCACUGCCGUCUUCGUAAACUCGGCCUACUCGUUCUACUGGGACGUCACCCGCGAUUGGGACCUCACGCUCUUCAAACCGCGCCAGCGCUCCUCCGCGGAAUACCCCUGGGGACUCCGGCGCCACCGCUGGUUUCACGCCAAGGAAUUCUACUAUGCGGCUGUGUGCUUGGAUGCGCUGCUGAGGUGUACGUGGAGUGUCAAGCUCAGCCCGCAUCUGGACCACUUCAACGAUCUCGAGGGCGGCAUCUUCGUCAUGGAGGCGCUCGAAGUGGUGAGGAGAUGGGUGUGGAUUUUCUUCAGGGUCGAGUGCGAGUGGGUCCGUACACACCGCAACAGCCCAUCCUCUUCCUCUUCCGCCUCGCUCUUAGCUGCCAUCGAAAACGCCGCCGACGACGAUGAUUCCCUCAAUGGCAACAUUCUACUCGCCGAUAUGGCUUCUUCAUCAUCAUCAGUAGGGGGCUCGGGAACCUCUCCUCAUCAUGGGUACGGCGAUUCAGACUGACCCCAUUUAACAACAUAAUCCAAGAAAGAUAAAAAUAUAAACGUUUUCUUUCUUUCUCCCUUUUUCUUCUUCUCACUUGUUUAGAUGGAUAUUUUGGGGGAUAAAAAAGAGAGAAGGAGAGAGGGGAAGGGAGUUCCUAUAUAUACCUACAUAGAUGCCAUAGAAAUCAAACUUUUGUUUUAUGCUUAAUUACUCCUUAUGUCAACAUUCCAACUAAGAUGGAGCAAACACAAGUAAAAUUUUACAUACUAAAAAAAAAAAAAAGAACCCAAAAAUUUUUUUUGGUAGUAUUCUUUAAUCUUAGCUGCUAAAAUUUUUUUGUACAUGUUAAGAGGAAGGGACAAGAAGGAAUUUGUUAAACAAUCCCAAAAAGGUCAAAAGAGGAACCAGAAUAAAUUGGAAAAUAAGGUAGUAGUUGAAGCCCCUCUUCUCUCUUUCUCCUUUCUCUGUCUUAACGCUAUCUCU